AGUAUUCGAAGGAACAAGGCUGUCACUUUUCGAAGACGACGUUUCGCCGCGUGGUGUGCGUGACGUCGUCACACCACUUUUCCAAGCGCGUGCUUGAGCCAUGCUCCUGGCGUUGCUUCUGUCCCGUCGUUCGAACCUUGUCGCUGGGUGAAACCUUCGCCCUGGGAUCAAUACAGCGUCACGAAACGAAACUCGUCGAUUGCGCGAAUCCACUUCGGCUUCGCCCAGGGACAAGGCGCCAGGAUCGCAAGGACAAGGGGCCUGUGAAUUCCCGGACCAUGCAUCAGAGUCACGGCACUUGGAUUAUGACUGCGUUUGCAGCUUUCGCCUUCGAACGGUUUUGCGUGUCUUGGACCCAGCGAGCAGGGUACGGAUGCCACCACCUGACGCCGAGCGAGUCCCUCGAGUUCCUGACCAGCAGCCCGGCCGAGUUCCAAUUCCCGCCGUACGCGGAAGCGGCGGACGCGCACGAAUCCCCCGCGCAGCACUCCGCCCGCGGUCCCGACCGCCUGCGUUGCCAGCAGUGCGGCGAGGUGUUCCAGCGCCGCCAGGACCUGUCGGCGCACCAGCGCUUGCGGCACCCCUCUGGCAACAACGGCGGUGGCGGUGGCAGCGAUCGCUUCGAGUGCAGCUUCUGCGGCGCCAAGUUUUCGCAGCGGGGCCACCUGAGCAAGCACCGACUCACGCAUACGGGCGAGCGACCGUACGCCUGCCCCAUCUGCCAGCGCCGGUUCACCCAGAAGACGCACAUGGUCGAGCACAUCCGCAUACACACGGGGGAGAGACCGUACAGGUGCGACGAGUGCCAGGCGACGUUCACUCAGAAGACGCACCUGGUGGGCCACCAGAGAACGCACACCGGCGAGCGGCCCUUCAAGUGCACCGGCUGCGGCAAGGCCUUCUCGACCAGCAGCUCCCUCAGCAGGCACCGCCUGGUCGCCCGCUGCAACCAGCGGGCCGAGCAGGAACCGAAGUGACCGGCCCUGGGUGCACGCGCACUCCCGUCCCAAUGAGUGCCGCUCAUUUACACUGGACUCCAGUGUGCGGCGCGCGCCCACAGCUGCUAGCGCCACCUGGGCACGUGUGUUUGCUUAACCGUGGUGUACGCGCUCUUUGCGAAGUGCUCGCUUUCCUGGUCAGUACGUGGGAUGAAGCCGGUCGAGCACCCAACGAGAAAGCGGUGCACGCGGAUUCUAGAACGUGCUCGUAUUUCGUGGCUCGCCGACGCAGCUACGGCACAAGUAACUUUGAACCUAAGUUUAGUGGUUGACCGUGAGGAACGUGGUCUUCACGUUGAUGCUUCUUUUCUGUCAUGUUCAAGCCCACCAUUUUUCUUGCGUUAAUAGGGUCCCUUGUGUUGCAAGUGAUAACAGCGCAUUGUGUGCAGAAUGGAGAAUGCGUGGGCUUCUAGGUAGGCUUUUUGUCAGUGUCGUGAAUCGUCGACGUCACUAUACGACAACCGCCACCCCGAAAAGCAGUUUGGCUGACUGUGAGAAAAAUCAGUCGGCCAAUCAAUCUUCAUGGUGAUGGGCCUUUUUUUUUUACUACUGCCCCGCUCGCCUGUUUCUGUACCUCUUGCGAUACACAACUUGUCUAGUGACGCAAGCACAUUGUCUGCACAAAGCACAAUGAGUUGGAUUUCUUGGGACAGACAUACUUGCUGUCACUUUUGAGCUUCGUGUGCACAGCGUCCGUUGAACACUGCGGAAAUCGGGGUUUAAUGCGACAAACGCUGCUAUGUAUCUUGAUUUCAUGGCCUCAUGACCGCGAUUAAUUUUCUCCACCGCUUGUAUUUUCGAACCGUGGCUUUCUUUUUUCUUUUAAUGAAGAGUCUGUAUAGUGCUGUCAUGUGAAACGCGUAUGUGGAGGCCUUGGGUGGAAAACGUGUAUAGGGUGUACUUUAAUUGAAACGUGAGGCCCGAGCAUAACAUUCUGCGACCAAUGUUCUACCAUUGCUGCUGCUGGUGAUGAAAAUGACUUCACUGCGUCGCAAAUGUGCGACGUCUUUCUCUUCUGUUCUUGCACCAGUGCACUCUAGCUAGACCUGUGUCGUCGCUUCGUGGAACGCAGGAAGUGUGAACUUUGAGAACACAAAUUUGCUGUGACCUUUGGACAUUUGUGCCUAGCGUUAGCUAAGCGCUGCAACCAUUGCAUCAAAAACUGCGUUGGCUGACAAGAGAUAACGACUUUAGAGCCGCUGCGAUUUUUCUCUGCCCUUGCAGAAACAAGUGAUUUUUUUCUAAAGAUACUGUUAAAAACUGCACAAUACUAUUUCUUGGAAUGCAGACAGUAGAAGGUGACAAUUUUUGUUUUGGUCAGUUUGCAGCAAAUUCUAAGACGUGACCUUCGUGAUCGCACUGAAAACAGCAACUUUGGCGAAGUGCAGGGGUGGAUUUCAAGGAACGGCUUUCCUGCAAACUGCUUCGAGUUUGUUGCCGUGAACGAAACCAUUCUUCCAUUAUUUUCGACAAUAUGUCGUCACACAACCGCGUAACCACUGUAUAGAGAUAGCGGACGGCCAUGUUUGUUGGGAAGGGGUUGCAGUGGAGUUUGAAAGUUGUGUGCCUUGGGUGUGUUUAUUAAACAUUAAA